AGUUCUUGUAAAGACACAGAACUUACAAAACUUAUUGAUUCUGCGGCAAUAGUUUUUCGCGAAAUUUGGUUUAAAAAGUUGUCUUUGUUUCGCGAAACAUGUGUAAUCUCAAGUUUUAUUUUUUCAUUUUUUGUGUUAUUCUAAAUUUUUAUCACAAUGGGGCUGCACGUUCGGGACGAAGAGAUAAAAUGGCCGAUAUCGAGCAACAAAGCAAAGAAAGGCAAGAAGAACCGAAACAGUCUUAUAAAGUCUUAGUUACUCAUCCCGAGGUGCCGAAAGAGGCUUUAGAUCUUUUGAGCCAGGUAACUGAGGUAAUUGUAUGCGAAAGUUUGCCGCCAAAUCGUACUGAGAUCUUGGAAAAAGCUAAAGGCGUACAUGCAUUCCUAUGGGGUUCUCAUGAACCUUUAAAUGAUCAAGUGUUAAAGGCUGCAGGGCCACAAUUGAAAGCAAUCACUACUAUGUCGGCUGGUAUUGAUUAUGUGGAUGUGGAACUCUUGAAAAGUCACAAAAUUCCUUUGGGUCAUACCCCGAUAGUACUAAGUGCGGCAGUGGCCGAUUUAGCUAUGGGUCUUAUGCUAGCGGCCGCCAGACGUUUGCAAGAAGGACGCCGCAAGAUCGAAACGUCUACGUGGGAGAACUAUCAUAUCAAUUGGAUGUGGGGUCAGGAUAUACGUAAUGCGACCGUGGGUUUCUACGGUUUCGGCAAUAUCGGGCAAACAAUAGCUCAACGUUUACAAGGUUUCGAUAUUGCUGGCAUAUUGUAUACCACGCGUCAUGCUAUAGGCGAGGAUAAGGAAAAGCAAUUCAACGCUAAGAAAGUUCCUUUCACAGAAUUAGUAGAGAAAAGCGAUAUUAUAUUUAUAGCAGCCCCUUUAACGCCCGAGACUCAAGGAGCUUUCAACUCUACCGCCUUCCAGCAAAUGAAACCGACGGCAGUAUUAGUUAACAUUGCCCGAGGGCCCAUUGUUAACCAAAAGGAUUUGUAUACAGCUUUAAAGACUCAACAGAUAUUUGCUGCUGGAAUCGAUGUUGUGGAUUCUGAACCUUUACCUGCCGAUGAUCCUUUACUCACACUACCCAACAUUGUCAUUACGCCGCAUAUUGGUUCAGCUACCAAACGUACGCGCACCGACAUGGCCAUUGUUGCUGCUCACAACAUUUUAAGGGGUCUGGCGGGUGAACCUAUGUUCUCGCCAGCUUAUUAAAAAGAAAAAAAAUAUAUAUUUUUUUUUCAAUACAAUUAUAAGGGGAGAUAUACAUUCAUAUAUAUAUAUAUAUAUAUGUAAUGAGCUACUUCACAGGAAUAUAAAAAAAAUACAAUUGAAUUAAUGCAGCAAAAAUACCGGUUUUCUAAACAUUACAUCAAACAAUCGUUUUUACUAAAGCAAUUUACUUGGCUUGAAGAAUUUAUGAUAAAUUAGUUGAAAUAUUGUAAUAAAAAACGUGGUUUUCAUUGCAAGUUAAACGAUUACUAGAGCAGCUUACAAUGCUAAAACAAAUCAAUCAUGUCAUGGCAAGACACGACAAUUUAGAUUGACUUGUAACUAAAAUAAAAAAUUUCUAUUCUUCUAAGAGACUGUUAUCGAAGUGAAGUAAAUGAACUGCAAACAAAAAAAAAAAAAGUAUGCAAUAAAUGUAAAUUUUGAACUUUUGAACUAAAUG